AUGGCUUCCCUCGCGAAAACCCUCCUGGCUGGCUCGCUGUUCGCCUUCGCCUCCGUCCACGCCGGCGUCGCCUCGCACAGGGGCAGCUCCGGGGGCUCUCUGCUACGCGCCAGGUCGAGCCCCGUCGUCACCGUGAAGAAUGGAUCCUACGAGGGCGUCCACAGCUCCGAGUAUGACCAGGACUUCUUCCUCGGCAUGCGUUACUCCCAGCCAGCAGAGCGCUUCUCCCUCGCACAGCCCUUGAACUCGACCUGGAAUGGGACCAAACCAGCUACAUCCUAUCCGGUGUCCUGCGUGGGCUAUGGCGGCGACAACAUCGGCUACGCAAUGUCUGAGGACUGCUUGUUCUUGAACGUCAUCCGGCCAGCUGGCAUCGAUGAGACGGCAGAGCUGCCGGUUGCAGUUUGGAUCCACGGAGGUGGUCUGUACAUGUCAGUAGCUUUCCCAGCCGGGUUCCCCAUAUCCUUGGGCGGGAGCCAAGACAGGCGGUACAACCUAUCCUUCAUCGUCCAGAACUCGGUCGACCUCGGCACUCCCAUGGUCGGGGUGAGCAUUAACUACCGAGUGUCCGCGUUUGGGUUCCUGGCCGGCAGCGAGGCCCUCGAGGCCGGCAUCGCCAACAACGGCUUCCGGGACCAGCGCCUCGCGCUGCAGUGGAUCAACGAGAACGUGGCCAGCUUCGGCGGCGACCCGACAAAGGUGACCAUCUGGGGCGAGAGUUCCGGCGCCGAGUCGGUCAGCGCGCAGGUCCUGGCUUACAAUGGUCGUGAUGACGGGCUCUUCCGGGCUGCCAUCGGGCAGUCCGGCUUCGGUGGCGUCCUGUCCAGGUUCCCGGGCGGUGCCAACAACACCGAGGCCAUGGACGCGCUCUACAACCUGUUCGUGUCCAACACCUCUUGCGCGUCGACGGCAAACACCUCGGCCUCUCUCGGCUGCCUGCGGUCACUGCCCUUCGACGAGAUCAACGCCGCGCUGAACGGCACCGAGGCUGCGCCGUGGCCUCCGAUGCUUGAUGGUGAUUUCAUCGCGGACUUCCCCGUAAACCAGCUCAGCGACGGGCGAUUCCCCAAGAUCCCGAUCCUGAUCGGCACCAACACCGACGAAGGCUCCGCCUUCGGCCAGGGCAAGGGUCCCAACGGAACGGGCGUCAACACAGACGACGAGAUGCGGUCGGCCGUCGAGGCGAUCUUGGGCCCAGAUGCCCCCACCCAGACGGGCAAGUCCCUUGACGAGCUGGCGGACGAGCUUUUGGCGCUGUACCCGGAUGUCCAGGCCGUCGGUGUGCCGUCGCUCGACAAGCUCCCCGUGAUCGUGGAGGGUGACUCGAUUGCCACGGCACUGGGCCUUCAGUUCCGGAGGACGGGCGCCUUCUUUGGGGAUUUUAUGUUCCAGUACCUCCGACGCCGGGCGAACAUCGCCUGGUCCAACGCGGGCCUGCCCUCCUACAGCUACGAGUUCAACGUCGUCAGCACCGGCGUACCGAACUACAUCGGAGCAACCCACUUCGCAGAGAUAAUGUUCGUCUUCGACAACGUCCUCGCGACGGGCUACGACAGCACCACCGUCCCCAUCGCCGACGAGGCCCCCGUCUACGCGGCCCUCGCCAAGGGGAUAUCAAACGCGUGGGUCAACUUCGUCACGGGCCUCGACCCCAACGGCGCCGGGCUCGAGAUCGACGGCGUGGCCGCAUGGCCCGUCUACAACGCCACCGAGGGCGGCGGCGUCGGCAAGAACGUCUUCCUCGACACCAACGGGAGCUCCAUCAUCUGGGACUCGUACAGGGCCGAGGGCAUCAACUGGAUGAUUGAGAACUCGCUGGCUGUGUUUGGGAACUGA